UACAGAAACCGAAAGUAUCGACCAGACGCGUAAUCGCGAGUAAUAAGAGUAGCCUACAGAAGAGGCGAAACUCAAAAGAACGUUCCAUUGUAACAGACGUACGCAUGCGCAGAGCUGCAGCUCCGCCAUCUUGGAGUGAACCGGAUUUUUUUUUUCAACAACGCGUCAUAUUACACAACCAGAGGGAGUCGUCUGAUAGGCUCAGUGCAGAGUAGUAUGUGUUAUUCAGUAAAAGCAGUCGUACUCGCAAGUUGAUUUGUUCGGUAGUUUUGGAAUAAUCGUCAUGGUGAAUCAUUGUGUUUGUGGUGGCUGCACAAACUCCAGCCGGUCCGGACAUCGAGUCUUUCGGUUUCCCAACAAGACCAAGGACGCCGCUAUCUUCCGUGCUUGGGUGCGUUUUGUGCAGUUGAGAAGACGGGAUUUCACUUCUGCAUCUGUAUCGAAAAACGCGGUGGUCUGUAGCGCUCACUUUAGGUCGGAGGAUUAUCGUGCCGGCGAUAUAAUGGAGUGCAACAUGGGAUACCGAGGCAAAAACUGCGUGAGACUCAGAGCUGGUGCGAUUCCUUGGGUGCACGCUGUACCACCAUCGAGUCCGCCCGGUCCGUCGUCGUCAGCAUGUGGUGUUGGCGCCACCACCGGCGGGAAGCAUGAUGAUCGUGGAUCGGUCAGAAACCUUCGACGAAAACGCAAGAUGGUGAAAGAUUUACCUUUGUUGACAUCUGGACAAUCAUCCCUUACCAAGACAAAGUCUACUCAAACCCCAGAAAGGAUUCAAGCAAAUCCAGAAAGCGACAGACGGUGUCAUAAAACGAUAAUCGACAUCGGCAGUGCUUUUGCAUUGUGGCAAAAGUUCAGAGAUGAAAAUGGAUUUAAGACUGAUACUGAGCUGGCUUUUUACUUGCUGAGCAGGACGGGGUGCUGUGCAGACCUUUCAGCUCGGCGUAAAAAGAGAAAAUUGGAGCUGUUAACUGAUGUGCCUACACACCUACAAAUGGAGGAGUAUGAAAGCGAUUCAUCUCAGCCAAGCAAAGACUAUCAGUGCACCAAUGAAGAUGAAGACAUGGAGGUCUCAGAGAUAUGCUAUGAAGUCCCUCCUCAAUAUCAUACAAAUGAACCAGCAGAGAUCGAAACGAGGUCAGAAGACCAGCUGAGGUCUGAAGACCGGAUAAAGUCAGAAAGCCAGAUAAAGUCGGAGGACCAAUCUGUUGCUCCAGCAUUAAACAAUAAAGAUAUCGUUCCAGAGUGUUCUACUUCAAUUAUUAAAAUUGAAAUAAAAGAAGAACCAGUAGAGACUGAAGUACAACCAGAAAACAGACUUGAGAUCAGCAUGGACUCUGUUACUACAUCAGACAAAAUCACUCAGAGUUUUGUUCAGACUGUAAACUCAGUUUCAGUGCAAGUAAAAGAAGAACACACAGAAGGACCACUUGUGCCCAAUAAAACUCAUUUCACAGGACUGUUUAGGACCUGCGUUCAAUGUGGAGAGCCAAUGCAGGAAUAUACAACCGGAUCAUCUUGGAGUCUCAACCAACUUCAGUGGAAAUGUUCAAAUGGACACCUCAUGUGUCUUUUCUCCAACAACAACCCAACACAGACUCAUCUGAGCUAGUUUAUAUAAAGUUGAGUGUUCUUUAAAUAAAGGUUUACUUUGAUAUAACAUCUUUUUGCUUGUCAAUUAUGGUACUGAGGAUGUUAUGAAAGACUUCCAUUGUAAUCUAUCUACAUCUGCCUGUUUACAUCAUAGAAUGGUAAAUCUAUUGCAAAAAU